CAUGCAGGUCCUGAAGGCAAGGGCCAGGUGGUUCUGCAGUGGAGCAAGGGGCACUUGAAAGGGUAAAGCAGAUACUUUACCUUGCUCUGAGAACCAACACAAUGGCAUUAUUCCCGGUGUUGCUGUUUCUGGUUCCUGUGAUGCUUCCAUUCUUUCCUGCAAAUGGACAGGCUUCAAAUGUUGAUGCUUUGUCAACCACUCGAAAAGAAAUCCAAAGAGAGAUUGUAAAUAAACACAAUGACCUAAGGAGGGCAGUCUCUCCAUCUGCCAGUAACAUGCUGAAGAUGAAAUGGGACAGCAAGGCAGCAGAAAAUGCCCAAAAGUGGGCAAACAAGUGCCUUUUGAGACACAGUCAGCAAAAGGAUAGAGCAAUUGGGACAAGGAGCUGUGGUGAGAAUCUCUUCAUGUCAAGUUACCCUGCUUCAUGGUCAGAUGCAAGCCAAAAUUGGUACAAUGAAGAACGUGAUUUUAUCUAUGGUGUUGGGCCAAAGCAUCCUGAUGCAGUGGUUGGACAUUAUACCCAGGUUGCUUGGGCCUCCUCUUUCAGCGUUGGAUGUGGAAUUGCCCAUUGUCCCAAUCAACAAGUUCUAAAAUACUUCUAUGUUUGCCAAUAUUGUCCUGCUGGAAACAUUAGUAACAAAAAAAAUACGCCGUACCAGAACGGAAAACCUUGUGCCAGCUGCCCUGAUCACUGUGACAAUGGACUAUGCACCAAUAGUUGCGAAUAUGAAGAUGUUUACAGUAACUGUGAGCAGUUGAAAAAUCAACUGGGAUGUGAACAUGCUCUCACCAAGAAUAGUUGCAAGGCUUCCUGCAAUUGUUCAAACAAAAUUUAUUAAAUGACCAAUACAUACUGAACAUGGCUAAGUAGAGGAAAGCCACAUCAUCAACUUACACUUGACUUUUAUUAGCAAGGAAAUCAUAGACAUGCUAGCUAGAAAUUUGAUUCCAAAUAGUAACAUCUUUUUCUCUUGGAUCUGCUUUUUAUUUUACAGAAAUCUCUUUCAUACAAAGGGUUAAAAGGUAACAACUUUGGAUUUUGAUAUAAAUAUGGAGAUUCUGAAAGUUAUAUGAAAGUCUCUUAUGACUAAGGUCACUAGAAAUCUGAAUUGAAAUUGAGAAUCAUGUUCCUAGAACAAAAUGUACAAAAAGUAUGGAACUUGAUGUCAUCGUCACAUGAAUCCUGGACUAUAGUCUUCCUUCCUAGGUUCACUUAAUAGCUAAAUAUCUUUAAAGAAGUAUUAAU